AUGUUUCUGACAAGGGUUUUUGGGAGGACUCUCUUUGCGGCCGCCAAGUCAGAGGCUUCAGCUGCUGCAGCUGCUGCUACUUCUACUUCUACUGCUCGGCACAAUCCUCUCGAACAGUUUUUUGAGGCUGAUAGAAACCCAGAAGAUGAGAAGCCUGUCGUCUAUGGUCGGAGUUGGAAAGCCUCUGAACUGCGUCUGAAGUCAUGGGAUGACCUUCAGAAGCUUUGGUAUGUUCUCCUGAAGGAAAAGAACAUGUUGAUGACUCAGCGUCAGAUGCUUCAGGCUCAGAAUCUACGGUUUCCCAACCCAGAGCGUAUCCCGAAGGUACGCAAGUCAAUGUGCCGAAUCAAGCAUGUGCUGACUGAGAGAGCUAUUGAAGAACCGGAUCCUAGGAGGUCUGCUGAGAUGAAAAGAAUGAUCAAUGCCUUAUAG